AUGCCCCGCGAAAUUGUCACAGUCCAGCUGGGCCAGUGCGGCAACCAAGUGGGUUCCGUGUACUGGCAGCGCCUCUGUGCGGAACACGGCAUUAACAAGGAGGGCAUUCUAGAGGAAUGGGCUACAGAAGGCGGUGACCGUAAGGACGUCUUCUUCUACCAGGCCGAUGACGAGCACUACAUUCCCCGCGCGAUUCUGGUCGACCUUGAGCCUCGGGUUAUCCAUAGCAUAUUGACAUCACCAUACGCGAAUCUCUACAACCCUGAAAAUAUUUUCGUGUCACAAGAUGGCGGCGGAGCCGGUAAUAAUUGGGCGCAGGGAUACGCCUCGGGAGAACGAAUAUACGAAGAGGUCAUGGAAAUGAUAGACCGAGAGGCAGAGGGUAGCGAUUCGCUAGAGGGCUUCAUGCUCAUGCACUCAAUAGCAGGAGGGACAGGCUCUGGCCUGGGAUCGUUCCUCCUAGAACGUCUCAAUGAUAAAUUCCCCAAGAAACUCAUCCAGACAUACUCCGUCUUCCCGAACGCCCAAGAAGGGGAUGUCGUCGUACAACCGUAUAAUGCCCUUCUAACACUGAAACGCCUAACGAACCAUGCCGACUCCGUGGUCGUCCUCGACAACGGUGCUCUUUCGCGAAUAUCGGCGGACAGACUGCAUGUACAGACCCCUUCGUUUGACCAGACGAACCAACUGGUCGCCACCGUCAUGGCAGCUAGCACCCAAACUCUCCGAUACCCAGGGUACAUGAACAAUGACCUGGUCGGGAUCAUCGCAUCGCUCAUCCCGACGCCCCGCUGCCACUUCCUCAUGACUUCCUACACGCCCUUCACCAGCGAUCAAAUCGACAAAGCCAAGCCCAUCCGGCGAACCACAGUGCUCGACGUGAUGCGCCGCCUGCUGCAGCCGAAGAACCGCAUGGUCUCGACGACGCCGAGCAAGACCGCGUGUUAUAUCUCCAUCCUCAACAUAAUCCAGGGCGACGUAGACCCUACCGAUGUGCACCAAUCGCUCCUGCGGAUACGCGAACGCCAGCUUGCGAACUUCAUCCCUUGGGGUCCCGCCUCCAUCCAGGUUGCGCUCACGCGCAGGUCGCCAUACAUCGCGACGAACCACCGUGUGAGUGGGCUCAUGCUCGCGAACCACACCAGCAUCGCUUCCCUCGUCAAGCGGAUGAUCGACCAGUUCGACCGAUUGCGGAAGCGGAACGCAUUCGUGGAGCAGUACAAGAAAGAGAAGAUGUUCGAGAACGGGCUCGAGGAGUUCGACGACGCACGGGCGACGGCGGAAGAACUCCUCAAGGAGUACAAGGCGUGCGAGAGCCCCGACUAUAUCACUUAUGGAUCCGCUGAUGCAGAGCCUGCUACUUGA